ACGGAUCUUAUAACCAAACUGAUAACUACAUUCGCUUGAACGGAUUGGUAAAUACCGACCCAAAAUGGUAAAUACCAUUUCCAUUUGGUUAUCCGCUUGAAUUUGAUUAUACUUGUUACUUCGGAUAUCUAUGAGUAACGAGUACUCGAAUAAGGAACAGAUACUUUUUCAACACCUCUGGUCCUCUGGUGGCAAGGACAGGGAAUUUCGUCGCAGUUUUCCUCACAGAUGAUUGCCAAUGUUGACUUUUGUCAUAAAGGUAAAAAAUAAACUUGUGGGGGACUGGGUGUAGCAAAUUAGUUAAAUAGUUUUUGCCCACAACGCAGCCAAAAAUCAGAACUCAUAAUGCAUGUAUAAUUCUGUAAUACGAAACCAUAGGAAUUAGGAUAUGUGCAAUCAAUACGUCAAACGAUAAGAGCAUAGAAAAUUGGCUACCUUUAACAAGAAAAUGAAUUUGGAAGAUUCGGGGGACAGUCUCGGCCUAGGCGGGGAAACAAUAUAUGGCACCCACGAAGAUUCCCAUGUGGUAAUGUCCGAAAAAGUGCAAAGUUUGGCUGGUAGCAUCUACCAAGAGUUCGAGCGUAUGAUAGCGCAAUACGAUGAAGACGUUGUGAAAACUCUCAUGCCAUUGCUUGUCAACGUUCUGGAAUGCUUGGACGCUGCUUAUCAACAAAAUCAGGAGCAUGAUGUUGAACUUGAGUUACUCCGAGAGGACAAUGAACAACUGGUCACACAGUAUGAGAGGGAAAAAGGGGCCAGAAAAGCGGCUGAACAAAAGUUGCUCGAGUAUGAAGAUGCUGCUGAAGCUGAACGAAAAGAACUCUCGACACGCCUGGAAGCGUUGGAAAGUAUAGUCCGCAUGUUGGAGCUCAAACACAAAAAUUCUAUGGAACACGCCAGUCGGCUUGAAGAACGGGAAGGAGAACUCAAAAAAGAAUAUGCCAAGCUUCAUGAAAGGUAUACUGAACUAUUUAAAACCCACGUGGACUAUAUGGAAAGGACGAAAUUGCUGCAUUCAGGGCAGCAGCUGGCGAGCGAAAGGGCUGAAGCAGGAAGACUCAAUUCUUUGAGGAACAACAUUGGGCGGAGCUCGGGUCCAAUCUCUUUUGGUUUUGCAUCGCUAGAGAAUGCUGAAAAUGUGGAUAGUGUUCCUUCGUCACCUAUAAGCAGUACACAUUCUUCUCCAAGUCUGGUGCCGAAAAGAAAGAUACUAGCAAAACUCCAUGCAGCAGUAGGUAUCGUGGUGGUCCUUUGAAUUGACGAAGUCGGUGCACGGGUAUCCCGCCGUAUUCAAAGAGAUGCCACGCUGCCAGACGAGUGCGAUGUGAUUCCUUUUCGCUUACACAGUGAGUUGGAUAACAUGAACAGCAGUGGGGUGUUGAAGGUGGAAAGAGGACAAGCCACAGACUCUUUGAAUCUCGAAAAUAAGAGUGUUGUAACAUCGCCCAUGAGCCCUUCCGCUCCACAACAAAACAACAACAGCAGAUUGAACACCAAGAAAGAACAGAGAAGUGGUAAUACAUUAUAUCAAAUAUUUUUACAGGAUGAAGGUGAUGAGGAUAAUAGUGAUAUAACAGGUGGUUGGGUCCACCCAGGAGAAUACGCGUCAUCAGGAAUGGGGAAAGAAGUGGAAAACCUGAUCAUGGAGAAUAAUGAACUCUUAGCAACAAAGAACGCUCUGAACGUAGUGAAAGACGAUCUGAUAGUGAAAGUAGACGAGCUGACAGGCGAAAUCGACAUGCUUCGUGAGGAGAUCCUCUCGUUGAACCUGUCCAGGACGAAGUUGAGGGAACGAGUUUCUGAAGUAGAAGAGGAGUUGAAGAAGGUGAAAGAGGCCAAUGAGGCAAGACAAGAGGCUGACGAGGAAUCGGACGUGCCACUGGCGCAGAGGAAGAGAUUCACUAGGGUAGAAAUGGCAAGAGUUCUCAUGGAGAGAAAUCAAUAUAAGGAACGUUUCAUGGAACUGCAGGAAGCCGUGCGCUGGACAGAAAUGCUGCGCGCCUCCAAGAGCGACACUCCGUUCGAGAAGCAGCACAACAAGAGCAUCUGGCGGUUCUUCUCGAACCUGUUCAGCGGCGGGGGAAGCGCAGGUGCGGGAGGUGCGGAUAGGAUACACCGACCUGUGAUGCCGGCGUCCUACCAUCUGAGAUACCAGCCUGGCACUGGCAGAGUGGCACCUGGUGUGAAGGCGUUGCCCAGGAUAGCGGGACCCGGCGGAGAGGAUAUUGAGACUGGUGUGGAUAAACUGGCUGUGCGUAAAGCGAUGGAACGCAGAGAGCAGUACAGACAGGUUAGAGCGCACGUGAGGAAGGAAGAUGGAAGGCUGCAGGCGUAUGGUUGGAGCUUACCAGGAAAGUGUGCCUCAACACCAGGGAAACCAAGUAGCAGUGGAAGUGGGGGAGUGCCAGUCCCAGUUCCUGUGUAUUGUCGUCCUCUUGCGGAAACUACGCCUGAAAUGAGAAUUUGGUGUGCAGCUGGUGUCAAUCUACAAGGUGGUUACACGAGGGACGGAGGUCUAAUGGUAGGCGGCAGCGUGUUCUAUUCUACCCCUAUCGACCCCAAACACCACCCUCCUUCAGCCACAGAUGCCACCACCCCUCAGUCGGAAAUUGAGACGUUGGACCGCGAGUUGGAAGAGAGCCGGGAAGGGGCGCUGUUAGAAACAAGGCUGUCUUCGUUGGUGUGGAUAUGUACUACCACGCAGUCCGCCACCAUUGUCACUGUCAUCGAUGCCAACAACCCCGCGGAGUUGUUGAAUAGCUUCGGGGUGUGCUCGAAUCAUGUGCUGUGUAUCGCCAGUGUACCAGGUGCUAGUCCUAGUGAUUAUUUCGAAACUAUUCCAAAGACAGAAAGCUUGAGUGAUAUUCAGAUUAGUAAGGAAUCUACAGAUAAUAAGGAUGUUAAGAAUGAUACCAGUGGAACGGAAGAAUCCCAGAAAACUGAGUCAAAACCUUUUGAAUCUAAGCCAGUCGAAGAAACGGCUCAGGAAGUUAACGCGACUCCAAUGACAAAACGGACCCUCGAGGAACAAGAAGAAACUGCUGUGCUCGGAAAAGUAACUUUCGUAGAGAGGAACGAGACGGCUGUAAAUAAACGAGAUAAAUAUAAUACGAUAGAAACGCCUCCAAGUGAUGAUAACUCCAAGAGCAGUAGUAAGUUUGAGGAACCGUGUACCACAUGUGAUACUACUUUAGAGUCCGAAGCAAGCAAGACAGAUAAAAUGCCAGACACUGCAAAAACAGAAGUUCCGUUCAAAGAGAAUGAACCUAUUCCGAGAAAGGAGUCCAAAAAAGAAGACGAGCCACAGACCCAGGAGGUGAUGUCUAGCGUGCUGCCCACGAUGUGGAUGGGCGAUGAGAAUGGCUACAUCUACGUGCAUUCCUCGGUCUCGAACUGGGCCAUGUGGCUGCAUUCGGUCAAGAUGAAGGACGCAGUAAUAGCAAUAGUACAUCUAAAUGGGCGUGUGAUAGCAGCUUUAGCUUGUGGUCAGGUGGCGAUUUUCAGUCGCAAUUCGGAAGGCGAAUGGGACCUGUCUAGGUACCAUCUGGUCCAACUAGGUUUGCCCCACCAGUCGGUGAGGCAGCUUACUGCCGUUGGUGAUAAGGUGUGGUGUGGAUAUAGAAACAAAAUACAUGUACUGCAACCUAGAGAGCUGAAAGUCAUACAUACAUUGGAGGCACAUCCGAGAAGGGAAAGUCCUGUGAGACAAAUGACGUGGUUGGGUGAAGGCGUCUGGGUUUCAAUUAGGCUAGAUUCAACUCUUCGUCUGUACCAUGCUCACACCUAUCAGCAUUUACAGGAUGUUGAUAUCGAGCCAUAUGUUAGCAAGAUGUUAGGUACUGGUAAAUUAGGCUUUUCUCUAAUUCGCAUCACAAGCCUAUUGAUCUCAUCAAACCGCCUGUGGAUCGGUACUUCAAACGGCGUGAUAAUCUCAGUACCCUUGAGUGACAGUACCUCCACCAGUAUGAUGGGUUCUGUCCUAGCUAGAGGCUCCCUGCCAGGCGCUGGUAUCAGAAUGGCGCCUGUCCCUGGAUCCUUCAUACCCUAUUGCUCAAUGGCCCAUGCCCAGCUUAGUUUCCAUGGUCACCGAGAUAAUGUCAAGUUUUUUGUUGCUGUGCCGGGUAAUGGAGGUAUGAGUGCUGCGUCAACACCAUCUGAAGCAAUGUCAGCUUCUGUAUCAUCGUUUGGAAAUGCUCUGAAGCAACCUACCGCAAUGUUGGUCAUUUCUGGUGGCGAAGGUUAUGUCGACUUCAGAAUUGAAGACGAUAGUGAACCUCGAGAUGGCGCUUCACACCUUCUAGUUUGGCAACUAAUUAAUGAUAUUCCUGGGAAUCCCUUGGGGGGAUGGACCGGAUGCUAGCGAAUGCCCAUGGUGCCCCCAAUGGGCUGAUUUGCAAGGUGACGAAAUGGAGGACAGUAUAAUAAGUACAACAGAGGCAGGCAUCGUUGAAACACCAGCUCAUCUUCAGACAGGAGAUCUCAGUCAUCUGAUCGUCUGGCAAGUCUCGACCAGUUGAAUUCGAUCGACGAGAGGUGAUAAUGUGUCAAAAUGGCGUACGAAGAAUUUCGUGUCUAGUCCGCAGAUCUAAACAGGGGAGAAACAAGCCAUAUUUUUUACAUAUUCAUCUAAACACUCAGCCUAUAACUUGAUUCUUGCAUUGCUUAUCACUAGAUAAGUUUUUAUUUUACGACGACUUUGAAUGAUAAACACACAAUUACGAAAUAAGAUAUAUGGUGAAUUGGAAAGAACAUUGAAUUCUAAAGCAUCCUAUGUAAAUAUAUGGAGAUUUUGAGCCUAGUCCAAAACCAAAGGGACAGUCAAAUGGAAUAUAUAGUAUUCGAUAUUUCGAUUAUUGUGAAAACGCAAGGUAAGCAAAUGUUAUUUCUGACUAUGCAAGACUAUUCACCACCACGAAUAUACACAUACAACACACAUGGCUGGAAAUGUUACUUCUCAUGGUGGGAAAUGCAAAUAACAGCGAAUUUGCUCAUAAUUUGGACAUCCUGCUCAGGAUAAUGUUGUUACUACUACUACAUAUACUCGAACACUUGUGUACACAAUGUUUUUGAGAAAGCAAAAUGAUUAGUUGAUAAAUAAAAGCUUGGAUGCAUUUGCUUCAAGCUUUCUGUGUUGAUAUGGAAUUUGAUUCCACUCUCUCCUGUUCUAGAGGUCGGUAAUCGUCCUUUUUCUAGAUUUUAGGAUUUUAUCGUGUCUAAAUGUAAUCAUUGAUUAUGAUAAUGUUUUUGUUUGGUAAAUUUUAUAUUACUGAGAUAAACUAGAAUUUUGUUGUCUGAAAGAUGCUUCUUUAAAUGUAUAUAGAGUUGGGACAACAUGGCAUUAGUUAGCAUAUUUUAGACAACGUUUGAAGUUUGGGAGUACAAUUGAUUCGUUGAUGCAGUUUUAAAUCUAGGGUAUAUAAAAUGUAUAUCGCUGAAUUAAAAUACGAAAAGAUCUUGUUGUAAGAAAUGAUGUAAUAGUACCAAUUUUUAAGUAAUUCUGCAUUUUCUGUGACAAUUUAUUUUUUCCGGUUACUGUUUGCUCUUAUAUAUUGACAGACUGACAUCAAGGUUAGGUGGGAUAUGCUUACAAAGGAUAUAUUUGGAAAAUAAUCUCUGAUUCAUGUAUAUGAAGCAUCAUGUAAUUUUUGAAAUCAUACAUGUUUUAUAUUCUAUUGGCUAUUACAUCAUUUUUUGUGAUAAUUAUACUGAACUGCAUUUUUAGUAAGCUUUCUAUUAGAUGAAUUUUAACUUAAUCUUUACCGUACAAUGAUAUAUGUAUAGUUAUACAUUUUUCCUUUUGUUGAUUACAUGUGUAACUGAAAAAUCAUUUAUUUAUAAUAUUUAUUUACACUUCUGGCUUAGUAUUUUUUUUAAUAUAUACAUAUUUGCUUUUAGGAAAAUGUUUUUUAUUCAAAAUAUGCGAAACCAAGAUCCCUGUCUUUAAUCAAAAAUGCCCUUGCAAACCCUACCUAGUUAACUCUAUGCAGGUUGUUUCAAAUUCGACCCUCACCACUGGGAUAUGGGAAACAGUAAAAGUUGUUCCAGAAAAACAGAAGUUUCUAGGUAGGCCGUUAAAUUAUCAGAUGUCAUUUGUUUCGUAUACCAGACCAGAACUCGAAUUGUACAUAGUAGUUUGGAAGACUGAGAAGGGAAGUGAAUUGAGCAGUGACCAGAAGCUUUGUCUACAACAUUUUUAAACAUUGCUAUGAUUUAUCUCUGC